AUGCCCGCCGUCCCCACCCCCGCGGUUCCCCGGCUAAAGGACACCAUGACUGAGGCCUAUUUCAAUGAGAGGCUGGAGGGGCAGGGCUGGCCCCGCUUCGAUGCCGAGAAAGCGAAUGACGUGGCCAGGGAGGCGUGGCAGGCGCUGCAGCACAUCUACGGGCUGGGCGUGCUGGAGACCCCGCUGCUGCGCUCGCCCAACUUGGAGGCGGCGUGCACCAGCUGCCGCGUGCACCUGAAGCUGGAGAGCUCCCAGGCCACGGGCAGCUUCAAGCUGCGUGGCGCGACCCACGCGCUGGCUUCGCUGGGCGGCGCUGGGCGCGUGGUCACCGCCUCCACCGGCAACCAUGCGCUGGCGACGGUGCAGGCGGCGCGCGCGCUGGCGUCCCGCCCUGAGGCCCCCGCCCUGGAGCCCGUCAUCUUCCUGCCCAACACCGGCACGGUCGCGUUCGAACUGCUCAUGGCCUUGCCCCGUCUGCACGCUGUGUACGUUCCCGUGGGCGGCGGUGGUCUGGUCUCCGGCAUCGCCUCCGUGCUCAAAGCCGUGGACCCGUGCAUCAAGGUCAUCGGCUGCCAGCCCAGCGCCUCGGCCGUCAUGGCCGCCUCAGUGGAGGCCGGCCGAUUGCUGCAGGACGUUAUCAGCACGGAGACGCUCUCGGGAGCGACGGCAGGCGGUGUAGAGCCCGGCAGCCUGACCUUCCCUGUCUGCCGGGAUCUGGUGGAUGAGUGGGUCCAGGUCAGCGAGGAGGAGAUCGCGGCGGCCAUGGUGGACCUCGCCAGCUGGCACGCGCUGAGGGUGGAGGGCGCGGCGGGGGUAGCAGUGGCCGCCCUCCUACGGCAUGUCCCGGGGCUGAGAGGAAAGAGCGUCGCCGUCGUGCUCAGCGGCGGCAACGUCAGCGACGACCUGAUGGAAGAGGCGCACGGGAUCGCAAGGCGGAGCUGA